UUGGGCUGCUCUCUGCUGCUCGGGGCUCCGCGGAGCGACACACCGGCAGAGCAACCAAACGGCGGAUCCUUCCUUGAUUGGUCAGCGAUGCGUCUGUUGUUUCCUCCCGGUGUUGCUGGCAUGACCUUUUCCCUUGGCAACCACUUCCUCCCAUCUCCGUCUACGGCCAUCUUUAAAUGUAACUCAUUAAUGGAAAGUAGUUACCUUAUGUAAAUACACCGAUUUGUACCAUAAGCGGAUUUCUAGCGGUGUGUGGGUGUGUUUCCUCCACAAAGAGUGCCUAUAGAUCACGCUGUUCGUUAUUCUCCGACAUUAAGGCAACAACGACAGCGAUGAGGAAGAAGCAGACCGUCAGACAGAGGAAGCCCGAGGAGACUACGAUGGUCCAGGAAUUUCUAGUUGAAAAAAUAAUUCGUCGCCGAGUCUUCAACGGAAGGGUGGAAUAUUUCCUCAAGUGGAAAGGCUUUACAGAUGCUGACAAUACUUGGGAACCACAGGAUAAUCUGGACUGUCCUGAACUCAUUGAUGAGUUUCUCAGAAACAUGCGCCUUUCUGACAACGAAGAAGAACAACCUCAAGAAUUCAUACUCGAUGAGGAAUUGUCAGAGCAGGAGGCAGAAAUUUGCUCGCAGUACAGGGAGCAGAGUGACGUUGUUCUGGACUUCCAGAAGAGGGAUGUGACAGGGGCUGGCCUGGACCCAGACCCAGACCUGGAGCUGGACCUGAACCGGGAGCCCGAGUGCAUCAUCGGCUCCACAGACCAACACGGAGAACUCAUGUUCCUGGUCAAAUGGAAAACCUCUGUGUCUCUGCUGGCGGCGCGCGAAGCCAGCGCCAGGUGUCCUCAGGCCGUGGUGGACUUCUACCAACGGAGGCUCAACUGGCACUCUGGAGACGAGGACCAGUAAUGUGUGUGUGUGUGUGUGUGUGUGUGUGUGUGUGUGUGUGUGUGUGUGUGUGUGUGUCAAAAAAACCUAGUAGAGGUGGGUAUUAAGUAUCCCAAGGUGCUCAGGAUACUUGCCUGCUCGCACCAAUUAUGGUACAAGCAGGCAUUGGCAACUUGUUUUCCUGACGUGGGUAUUGAAAGCGAAAGAUCGGCAAAGGCACUUGUCACUGCUUCUCCCAAUCUGUGCGGCCCUAAUAGGAAGAUGGAACUCUAACUGCUGUCAUAACCUCUCCUUAAACAACCUCUUGUUGUAGCUAGAGCAGCUGUUUGGAGGAAGGCGUGUUAGAACAUGUGUUUUAGUCAAGGUUAGUGCGUGUGUGUUUUAUUCUUUAUACUUUACUGUCAUUGUAAAUCUCCAAUGGUUGAAGAUUUAUGGGAGAACACGUCCUUAACACCUGUUUUUAUGUUGGUUGGUUUUUGAUUAUACAUUAUUUACCAAACUAUGUUUGCACCUUGAAUAGAUCUUUGAUGGAAACCACCAAUUGUUUUAUUUUUCUAUGGAUUAUUCUGUCCAAUAUUUUCUCCGUAACGUAUGCCAUGUCAUUUACUCAUCAUGUAGGCAUCAUACCAGCCUUAGUUGUUUGUUAUGUAGUCGGAAACAUGAAGAACAACUCACAAUGUACUUAAUUGUGCACCUGAACUGGCUGACUAGAUUCUUUAAAUGUAGCACUUUAGAAGGCCUGACCAUCAGGGAACAUGGUCUUUGAGUGGUUGAACACCACCAUGUUAAAACAGCUGAAAUCCUCCUGCUGGCAGCACCUUACCUUUACCUAGAUCCAUGAAUGAUGGGACAGGACCAUGAACCUUAUGAACACACUACCGAGUUAUUGUAACCAUCGAUCAAGGUUUGGUGGAGGCCAUGAAUAAAAUACACUUUUAAUGACCCUUUA